ACACUCAGACACACUCAGACACCUGAGGACCAUCUGAGGACCAUCUACCUGUGGAUUAUUGUCAUGGAUUACACCUCCCUGCUGCUGCUGCUCCUCCUGCCAGAUCUUCACUGUUUCAACUUCAACUCAAAGACCUUCAAGAUCUUCCGUGGAUCCAAAGAAACACAAUUUGGAUACACGGUCCAGCAACAUGAGGCCGCGGGACGACAGUGGUUGCUGGUUGGAGCUCCGUUUGAAUCCACAGGGCAGCAACAGACUGGCGAUGUGUUCAGGUGUCCACUGGACAACAGAAAUUCUGUGAACUGCAGCAGACUAAACCUGGGAAAGCUUUCUCUGGACAACGUGUCCGAGAGGAAAGACAAGAUGAGACUGGGAAUGACGCUGACGUCCAAUCCCAGGGACGGCAGCUUUGUGACCUGUGGACCACUCUGGUCUCACGAGUGUGGAAGUUCCCUCUACAGCACCGGGAUCUGCUCCAAAGUCAGUCGGAACUUCAGACUGUCCCACACCAUCGCUCCAGCUCUGCAGCGGUGUGAGACCUUCAUGGACAUCGUGAUUGUUCUGGAUGGUUCUAAUUCCAUCUACCCCUGGUCUGAGGUCCAGGACUUCCUCAUCAACAUUCUACAUAAGUUCUACAUCGGCCCAGGUCAGACCCAGGUGGGAGUGAUUCAGUACGGCUCCACGGUGGUCCACGAGUUCACACUGGGUGAGUACCAGACCGUGGAGGAGGUGGUGGAGGCCACCAGGAGCAUCGACCAGCGUGGUGGAGAGGAGACAAGGACGGCACUGGGCAUCAAUGUGGCCAGGUCGGAGGCGUUCCAGCGAGGAGGUCGACCUGGAGCUAAGAAGGUGAUGAUCGUCAUGACGGAUGGAGAAUCCCACGACAGUCCUCAGCUGGUCCAGGCUGUGGCCGACAGUGAGAGGGACAACAUCACCCUGUACGCCAUCGCGGUCCUGGGUUAUUACAACCGUCGAGGAAUCAACCCCGAAACCUUCCUCAAAGAAAUCAAGUUCAUCGCCAGCGACCCCGACGAGAAGCACUUCUUUAACGUGACGGACGAGUCGGCGCUGAAGGACAUCGUUGACGCUCUGGGAGAGAGGAUCUUCUCUCUGGAAGGAACCAGCAGUCAGGGCCGAGGCUUCGGACUUCAGAUGGCUCAGGCUGGGUUCUCCUCUCACCUGGUUAAAGACGGAAUUCUGCUCGGAGCCGUUGGAGCCUACGACUGGAACGGUGCCGUGCUGAAGGAGACCAAACAGGGGAAGGUGGUGCCUCCGAAGUCGUCCUACCAGGAGGAGUUUCCAGAGGAGCUGAAGAACCACGCAGCCUACCUGGGCUACUCUGUGGGCUCACUCAUUUCUUCUCGCGGUGCCCAGCUCUACGUAGCAGGAGCGCCACGAUUCAACCACACCGGCAAGGUCAUAGUCUUCACCCUGAAGAACACGGGGAACUUGACCAUCCUGCAGUCACUGCUGGGAGAACAGAUCGGCUCGUAUUUUGGCAGUGAGUUGUUAUCGAUGGAUGUAGACGUGGACGGACAGACCGACGUCCUCCUGGUGGCAGCACCCAUGUAUUACCAUCAGGGCUGGGAGAGAGGGAAGGUUAACAUCUACACCGUUACACCUCAGACUACGUUUAUCCUGCAGGGGGUGCUGGUGGUAACUGAACGCUCUCUAAACUCACGCUUUGGUUCAGCCAUGGCUCAAAUCCCCGACAUGAAUGGAGACGGAUUCAGGGAACUAGUAGUCGGAGCACCACUGGAGGAUGACCACCAGGGGGCUAUUUAUGUUUUUCAUGGCCAGGACAAAAGCAUCCAACCACAGUAUAAACAGCGUUUAGCUGCUGCAGGAUUCUCCGCAGGGCUGCAGUACUUUGGACAAACUGUUCAUGGCGUUCUGGACAUCAACCAAGAUGGGCUGGUGGACCUGGCAGUGGGCGCACUGGGAGCUGCCGUCAUCAUCUGGUCUCGUGGUGUGGUCCAGAUUCAGGCUCAAAUGACCUUCGAGCCCCAGAAGGUCAACAUCUUCAACAAAGACUGUCGUCGAGGAGGGAAGGCGGUCACGUGCAUGUCUGUGACGGUCUGUCUGAGUCUGGACUCCAGGACCAAGGCUGCGACCAAGACCAGGACAGAUGUGGCCAUAUGGUACAGCCUGACGCUGGACGGAAAACGUUUUCCUCCAAGAGCCAUUUUGGACGACUCCGACAGACAUCAGCCGAGGAACCUGGUCCUGCAGAUCGGAGAACAGAGCUGCCAACGCCUUGGCUUUUCUGUGCAGGAGACGACAGAUUACGGACGACCUAUCACAGUACUUUUGGAGACAGGGGGACAGGAUCCAGACGAGGGUCCAAUACUGGACCCAGACUCACCGAGAAUCCUGAGGUCUGAGCUUCCAUUCUGGAACGGCUGUGAACAAGAAGAUGUGUGCGUUCCAGACCUGGUCCUCAAGAGUCACACGGACCUCCUGAGUGUUCAACAGUUCUGCAGCUCCAGAGAUCUGGCAGUCUGGUCUCUCUGCCACCACCAGGGGGCGAGGGCAGACAGGACGUUUGUGGUGGAAGCCGGGCGAAAGCGCCUGGUGGUAUUCACCCGAUUAAAGAACGAGGGCGAGAAUGCUUAUGGAACUGUUCUCCACAUCUCCAUGUCCAGGAACCUGCUGUUCUCCAGCCUGGUCGUCAAGGACCAAUCAGAUGUUCAAAUUGAUUGCUUUGCCAAUGACACGCUGGCCAAUCAGACGUCCUGUUACAUCAGCGCUCCAUUUAUGAGAUCCAUGUCUCAGGUCUCCUUCCGUCUGGAGUUUGAGUUCAGUCCCUCCGUCUUCCUGGACCACGCCCAGGUCAUAUUAUCGGCCACCAGUGAGGGUCAGGAGGCAUCCGUCCAGGACAACCACAACAACAUCCUGCUUCCUCUUAAGUACCAGACAGACCUGCUGUUCACCAGAGACCCCAACACUCCUCGCUUUGAACUCAAGGCGUCUUCAUCGUUACCGGACCAGACCGAUGACAGCUCGCUGACCUUCAACCUCACCUACUACAUCCAGAACCUGGGCGUGUUCUCAGUGAAGAACCUUCUGUUCAGAGCCGACCUCUGGGCCGUGACCCCACAGAACAACCAGCUGCUGAACAUCACAGACUCCAGCAUCCUGGCACAGGACGCAGGAUCUGAGUGCGAGCUGCCUGAACCCAGGCUGCCCAGUCCGGUGAAGACUGAGGACAUGUCCUCUGUCCCCCAGCUGAACCACAACAACAGCAUCAACCUGGUGGUGCAGUGUAGACUCCAGCUGCCCACGUCCCGACAGGUGAAGGUGACGCUGAGAGGAAAACUGCAGCUCCACGCUCUGCUCGCUGUCAACUUCCGGUCUGUGGAGAUCCUGACCACUGCCUCCAUCCAGCUGGAGGAGUCCAGUCCCAUGUUCCUCCAGGAAGACACACCUGUCAGACAGAUCAUCCUGGAGCUGAGGAAGGAGGAGGAGCACAGCGUCCCCUUCUGGAUAAUAGUGGGAAGUUCACUGGGAGGUCUGCUGCUGCUGGCUUUACUGGUGCUGGCUCUGUGGAAGCUCGGCUUCUUUGACAGACAACGGAGACAGGAAGAGGAGGAACAGCCUGUAACCAAUGGGAAAGCAACGGAGGACGAGCUAUGAUGUGUUGGAGAUCGUCACUGCGAGCCACGGCCUGUUACUCAGGGACACACACAGUGAGGAUGACGUCACUGAAUUGAUUAGACUGAAACUACCUAAGAUCAAGACUGAGACUAAGACUAAGACUGAGACUAAAAUCAAAGCUAAGACUGAGACUAAGAUCACAUUAAAGACUAAGACUGUUGACUUUCACGUCAAGCCUAUAGAGCUUCAGUAACCCAUGGUACUAAGGGGACUUGUUUGGAUGCACUUUCUUUGUAUAAAGUGAACUUGAUGUAAAUACAUUUAACUUUGAUUUUUUUAAGGAUCAA